CCUUUCACCUCCAUAGGCAUCUCCCAUCGUCACUUGUCCGACCACUUGUCAGAGCUGGUGGAGCAGACCCUGAGUGACCUGGAGCAGUCCAAAUGCAUCAGCAUUGAGGACGAGAUGGAUGUGGCGCCUCUGAACCUGGGCAUGAUUGCUGCCUACUAUUACAUCAACUACACCACCAUUGAGCUCUUCAGCAUGUCCCUCAAUGCCAAGACCAAGGUGCGAGGGCUCAUUGAGAUCAUCUCCAACGCGGCAGAGUAUGAGAACAUUCCCAUCCGGCACCAUGAAGACAACCUCCUGAGGCAGUUGGCUCAGAAGGUCCCCCACAAGCUGAAUAACCCUAAGUUCAAUGAUCCCCAUGUCAAGACCAACCUGCUCCUGCAGGCUCACCUAUCCCGCAUGCAGCUGAGUGCUGAGCUGCAGUCAGAUACGGAGGGAAUCCUUAGUAAGGCAAUCCGGCUCAUUCAGGCUUGCGUGGAUGUCCUCUCCAGCAAUGGGUGGCUCAGCCCUGCUCUGGCAGCUAUGGAACUGGCCCAGAUGGUCACCCAAGCCAUGUGGUCCAAGGACUCAUACAUGAAGCAGCUGCCACACUUCACCUCUGAGCAUAUCAAACAUUGCACCGACAAGGGAAUAGAGAGUGUUUUCGACAUCAUGGAGAUGGAGGAUGAAGAACGGAAUGCAUUGCUUCAGCUGACUGACAGCCAGAUUGCAGAUGUGGCCCGCUUUUGUAACCGCUACCCUAAUAUUGAACUGUCUUAUGAGGUGGUGGAUAAGGACAGCAUCCGCAGUGGCGGGCCGGUGGUGGUGCUGGUGCAGCUGGAGCGAGAGGAGGAAGUCACAGGCCCUGUCAUUGCGCCUCUCUUCCCACAGAAACGUGAAGAAGGCUGGUGGGUGGUGAUUGGAGAUGCCAAGUCCAAUAGCCUCAUCUCCAUCAAGAGGCUGACCCUGCAGCAGAAGGCCAAGGUGAAGUUGGACUUUGUGGCCCCAGCCACUGGUGCCCACAACUAUACUCUGUAUUUCAUGAGUGAUGCUUACAUGGGAUGUGACCAGGAAUACAAAUUCAGUGUGGAUGUGAAAGAAGCUGAGACGGACAGUGAUUCAGAUUGAGUCCUGAGGCAUCUACUCCUGGCUAAAAGGAGAGUUGAGUGUGAAUUAGGAAUGUGUACAUUGUAGGGAUCCUGUUUGUGGGGACCAGGUUUGUGGGCCUGAGGUCUGGCUAGCCAGGGCUGGUGCUGUCCCUGCCCACCUCCACUUCCUUUUCUUUUGUUCAUAUUCUGGAUGCAAUGACAGCAGGUGUCACGUCAAGCAUAAAUCGUAUAUAGCAUUUUCAGGCAUGUUCCUGGUAGUUCCUUUUGAGUUUGACGUUCUAAUAAAAUAAUUUGUAGAAAAAAAAAUAA